GAAUGCUCUCUUGGCGUUCCACACUUUGGACAGAAUAAUAUCUUGAACUCUGUUGCAUCGUCGCUUUGAUUGCACGAUGUUAAAGUUGGUGAGUAAAGGACAGCAAUUAUUAGAACAUAUACGUUGGUCAGCAUUUGUUAGGUUAAAAGAAAAGUCAUUGACAGUUUCGCAUAAAAAUGGAAACAGAUUAUUGGCACCAGCUACAAAUUACCACACAAGUGUACGUAGGUGUGGACUUGAGAUGUUUUUUGAAGAGGAAGACAAACGUGGUGAAAGAGUCAUAAAGCAUGGGCGAGCUUGGUACGCUGAAGAACUCCGACAGAAGGACAACGUAGAUUUACACAAACUGUGGUAUGUGUUGCUAAUAGAGCGUAAUUUAUUACUCACAUUAGAAGAAGAAUCAGAUCGACUUGAAAAACACAUGCCAAGCCCAGAAAGACUGGAGAAGGUUGAAGAGUCAAUGAAAAAUCUUGAGGAAGUUCUGAAGGAGAGGGACACUGCAGUGAAACUGCUUGAUACAGGCUAUGAGAAAGGGGUCCCUGGACGAUGGAUCAAUUCUCCACUGGGUUACAAACGGUACUCACCAGCAAAGGAAUAUUAUGUUCCCUUCCACGUUAACAAAAGGAUGGCACGCAAGCGACAUUAUUAUGAGCCUUGGACUCAGACCUACAGAAAAAUUUUCCUCGAACAAGUUGUCAGAGAGAAGAAAAAAGCAUUUACGAGAGAACGUCACCGAAUACGCAAGCUAAAGAAGAGAUUUCCUGAUGCUGAAAUUGAUUAACUUCAUGAAAAGCUCUUAUAACUGACAAAAACAAUUAUAUUUUGUUGUCAACUAAUUAUGAUGCUCAUCUGCAUGUCCUAUAAAACAGGUUGAUUUUAAUCACAUGGCUGAAAACAAUUCAUCUCUGACACCCUGUGUCCGCUGACCGAAUCCAUCUUCGUUCUAUGUGAUUCUUUGCUGAUUUUUAGAAACAGUCUUGAAUGUUAUUGAAAAUGAACCAUCGUUCAUGCCUUGUUGAAAUUGCAGUCUCUGUGCAGUCGAUUGACACAGUGUGCGCCCGGCCUUAAUCUCAUAAUGAAACAUCCUGGAACUUUUAAGUACUUGCUUUUGGAUGUGGCACACUCCUUCAAAUUGAUCGCUUGUUUGUUGCGCUGUUUCGAAGGCGGUAAUUAAGUUAAUCAGACUUGUCUAUUCACAAAGUUGUUAAUUUCAAAGGACGAUAGAGAUUGAAUUAUCAAGUUGCCUUGCAUAUGGUUUUGCUUUCACAAGUAAACCAAUCAUACAUAUUUCGUACUCUGUUAUAUAAAAGCAGUAAUAAAGACUUAAAACUCAUUAUAUUGUA